UCGUAGGCAGGCCAAGGGGGAGGUGCGGGUCCGGGGAGAAAAAAGAGGGGACAGGUCUGGGCAGCGCUCGGUGGUUGGCACCAGUUCGCUCCCUCCCCAUUCAAGCGGCAGGACGCACUCGUCCCCACAGUCCUCGCUGACCGCGCUAGCUGCGAUUUCUGCGAUCUCUCUCUCCCUCACUCUCAUUCCUGAGCUCAUCAGCUAAACGCCCUGGCGUCCGACCUCACCAUGCCUAGCCUUUGGGAUCGUUUCUCGUCGUCCUCCUCCUCUUCAUCCUCAUCCCAAACUCCCACCCCCGAUCGCCCUCAGCGCUCCGCCUGGGGGUCGGCGGCCCGAGAGGAGGGCCUUGACCGCUGCGCGAGCCUGGAGAGCUCGGACUGCGAGUCCCUGGACAGCAGCAACAGUGGCUUCGGGCCGGAGGAAGAUGCCGCGUACCUGGAUGGUGUGUCCCUUCCCGACUUCGAGCUGCUCAGCGACCCUGAGGACGAACACCUGUGUGCCAACCUGAUGCAGCUGCUGCAGGAGAGCCUGUCGCAGGCGCGACUGGGCUCGCGGCGCCCCGUGCGCCUGCUGAUGCCAGGCCAGCUGGUGAGCCAGGUAGGCAAGGAACUCCUGCGCCUGGCAUACAGCGAACCGUGCGGCCUGCGGGGGGCACUGCUGGACGUCUGCGUGGAGCAGGGCAAGAGCUGCCACAGCGUCAGCCAGCUGGCCCUCGACCCCAGCCUGGUGCCCACCUUCCAGCUGACCCUCGUGCUACGUCUGGACUCUCGCCUCUGGCCCAAGAUCCAGGGGCUGUUGAGUUCGGCCAACUCUUCCUUGGUCCCUGGCUUCAGUCAGUCCCUGACUCUCAGCACGGGUUUCAGGGUCAUCAAGAAGAAGCUGUACAGCUCAGAGCAGCUGCUCAUAGAAGAGUGUUGAACUAAAGUGUAAAGGGGGGGGGGCGUCGAAAUGCCGUCCCCCCCCCACGCCGGAGACAAGGAACUUUUUAAUUUUUUUUUGAGGUGGAGACCAGCAGGCAAGGGCGCAGAGGCUUGAUGCUUGUGUUAGAAAACUGACAACAGCCACCUGAGGGCGAGGAGAACCAGGUGGGAGGAGGAGGUGUUGAGUGCCAAGGAAGGUCGCUGUGUGGUGUGCAGGUGGCUCCCUAUUGGGGCAGAUGCCCUUCAGUACUGUAGCAUGAAACAAAGGCUUUGGGGCCAAACCAGGCUUCCGGCUGGAUUGUGUAGGUAUAGCAUGUACCUUUUUAUUUUUGUUAUUACUGACAGUUACAGCAACAGUGGUGUGAUGGAGCCAGGGGCAGCUGGGCUGCACUGGCCUCUGCCAGGGGGGGGGGUGUGCUCGUGGAGGAGGGGCGGGGGGAGGUCUCCGAGGUAGUCUGUGUAUCUCAUGGUCUGAAGGGACCAAGUGUGUUUGUUGUUUGUUUCGCAUCUUUUGUUUGGGGAUCGGAGCUUCACUACUGACCUGUUGUAGGCAGCUAUCUUACAGACGCAUGAAUGUAAGAGUGCGGAUGGGGUGGGUGUUAGGAUCACUUGGGAUCUUUGACACUUGAAAAAAAAAAAAACAACAAAAACAAAGAAAAGCAAACACCUGGAAGCUGCAUCCAGCCCAUUCCCCACCAUGUACUGGAGAUUGAAGUGUGAGGGGAUGGGGCUGAGGGGGGCUGGGGCUGGAUCCCCUCCCCCAGAGGAGUGCCAUCUGGGUCUGCCAUCUAGAACUGUUUACAUGAAGAUACUCACUGUUCAUGAAUACACUUGAUGUUCAAGUAUUAAAAACCUAUGCAAUAUUUUUUACUUUUCUAAUAAACAUGUUUGUUAAAACA